UGUUCAUACGGUUAGGGGGCCACGCCAGCUGCGAGUCGGCGCAUCAGCAACCGCGACUCUCAGCGAUUGAAAUGCGGCUCGCUCGCGGCCGCCAGUUACCCGUCGACUCGUGCCCGAUCCACUCGUCGCUACACGUGGUUUUUCUCUCCCUCCUUCGUGCUCACAGCCUGUCCGUCUUUCUCUAUCUCGUUUCGAUUACGUAUGCGCUCGGUCGACAUGGCAACGAUCGCGGAUCAGCGAUUCGGUAUGGAGAUCGCAAGCCCCGCGUUUCGACACAUUGCAGUUUGAUCGGUCGCGACGAGGUUCGAGGUGCGUUCCGGGACUCGGAUUCGAAGAAUUUUUGUGCAUUUGGUGGUUGUCGCAUGUUUGUGGUGCUAGUGGGGGACGUACACGUGUCGACCCUUAGACGAUACCAUACGAAUGCAUUCGGAGCAUAUGCGACUGUGAUACGUUCUUCGGUUGAGUCGCGAUCUCAGUACUGUGAAAAAUGAAUUUCUUCGGUUGAAGAAAUAGGGAGAAGUAGAAGAUAGUUUCGGAAGAUUUCGAAAUCUGAAACGAAAGAGGGUAUUAUAGUUGGAGGCUUGCGAGGAAGACUGGGAACCUUUCACGGUAUGAAUAACAAAGUGCAUAUCGGUUGGGGACCUAUGAGUUUUGAAGUAACCAAGCGACGCUGAGGAUUGAGGUGCAGCUGGCAUUUUGGCACCUGACAAAUUGGAGUAAUCUCGCCUACCAAGUAUUGGAGCAACUCUAUUUUGAGACUGAGAGCUGUGGAGUUCAGCAUUAGUAUUUGCGAACGAGUGAGUCUGCAUUUACGAAGAAACUGUGAUUUUUAAUUGUUUGCCGGUCGGGACCUAGUCCGUGGACUGCAGGAUCGGUUCUUAGAGACAUGUGGCGUUCAAGAAUGAGUGAUACCCUAAUGUGAAAGUUGACGGAUCGGUUUUGUGUAGCUAUUAUGCGAGUUGUUGCCAUUUUCUAUUGGGAAGAGUCGUUCCAUAUCGGACGAGCUAGCUUUCGAACUGAACAUUGUAGAAGAGCGAACUUGUGAUUACAGAAAGCAAUACGUAUCUGCGAUUUCUAACGUGAUAUAUUUAAACGUGACGUUUGACUGAAAAUGUUCUACAAUUAUACCAAUGGUUGCUAAAGCAAGCACGUACUAACCGAGACUCUGUAUAAAUACUCGUGACCAGUAAGUUCAGCGAGCCAAACAAUUUGCAUUUCAAUGGUUUCUAAGGAUCUUGUAAUAGAGCUGUCACAUUUUACAGUGCAAGUGGAAGAUGUAGAUUAAGUAUAACUAGCAUUUGGGGUUAUGUGCAAUUGCCCGCGAAUGAUUUACCAAUGCCCAUGUAUUUACAAUACCAGAUCUCGAGCGAACUCUCAAUACGGAGAAACGUGGAGCUAUGGAACGAUAGAUUCGACCGGUCAGCCAAUCCGGGAUUUCAAUCGAGGAACAGAAAUGGAUUCCAACAUAGAGGAAACGGAACUGGACGUAGGGUCCGCGAGCGACGAACUCGAAUCCUCGAUCGCGGAAUCGAAGCUGACGCGUCGACCGACUCCGAAACCCUUCACGAUCGAGAGCUUGAUCGGUAACUGCGGACCACAGAAGGGAAACUGCGAUCCAGGGACCCAGGAAGAUCGCACGAACGAGAACGAAGAGGACUCCGAUCGAGACAGAGAGUACCUUUAUCAAAGACACUACCUGGCGACUGCGGCGGCGAGCGCACUACCUCCUGGUUUCGGCGUGCCGCUCAGCCUAUACGGAGCAUGGCUACCAAUGCGGAUGUACGGCAGUGGCGGGACUUCCGGUGUCCCUAUGUUGCCUGCGCACACUUCUGCUAACUAUCCGUCUCACCAGGAUCUCUAUCAGAAUCGAUUGUCCCAGCACCUGGGCCCUGGACCGAAUCAUCUUCAAGGCGCAGCUUAUCCGCACGGUUGCCAGCGAACCUCCAAUCAUCGUGGCUCGACGAGCUUCACGGACAGCGAGGACGAUGGUAGCAUCGACUCGCCAGCUUCGCCAGCUCACGAUCUCUCUAAAUCUCGACACGGGUCUGAGAACGGCCGGGCGUCAGCGGAGAGCGAGGACGAGAGCGGUGGGCUGAGCGUCGCUGGUGAUGGCCACGACGUGGCCGACGCGAUGUCCAGUAACGCAUCGAGCAACGUGAGCCCAGGAGGAUCGUUGGAAAACGGGCAGAGCAGCUCAGCGACGGGGUCCAACAACAACAAAGCCAGACGCAGGCGGACAGCCUUCACGUCGGAGCAGCUACUGGAGCUGGAACGGGAAUUCCACGCGAAAAAGUACCUGAGUCUCACCGAGAGGUCUCACAUCGCUCACGCCCUGAAGCUGUCGGAGGUUCAGGUGAAGAUCUGGUUCCAGAACCGUCGAGCCAAGUGGAAAAGGGUGAAGGCUGGCUUGAGCGGUGGCGGAGUCGGAUCUGGCGCGACCAGCAUGGCAACUGCUGGAGUCUCCAACAGGCACAACGGAUCCGCUGGUCCGCAUUCUGGAAAUGGAACAAGAAUCGUAGUUCCUAUUCCUGUGCACGUCAGUCGACUGGCGGUUAGAUCUCAUCAUCAUCACUUGGAGAAAUGUGCCAGGCCGCCCAGAGUCAGGCCAGCUAAUGACAGUCCAGCGUCUGGAACGUCGUCGUCCUCGGUCCUAGGCGAUGCUCUCGGAUUGGUCAACUCGUCUAUUAACCUGAGCGGACAGGUGCAAGGACCACUGAGCAGCGGUGUGGGGAUUGGUGUCGGAGUUGGCCUAAGAGCGUUCACUGUACCGUCUCAUCGGGGUGGACUCAGCUCUUCUGGCAGGUAGUGAACGCUGCUGAGUGGACUGUGAAAUCGAUUGUUAAUUGAACAGCGAUUAUACGAUGAUAAACACGAGGGAGGGUAUGGCUUUGGAGCAGGGGUUGCGAGGUUUGCACAGGGUUGUCUGUGGAUGGUUACUGUAAUUUGCAGGAGCCAUGGGUAAUGUUCAUGAAUGGAUUUGUCAAUGUUACUUGCAUAACGUUCCAAUCAUAGCUGCAAUCCCUGCUCUGAAGCAACCAGUGAUUGUUGCGGACUCUAAGACUAAGGGAUGUGAUAGAGUUUCUGUAGCACUCCGAAAAUGGUAUUACCGAUCACGCCUGCCAGUUGAAGGUACGAAAAGGACGUUGAGUGUCCAGUUUGAGGAAUUCGUAUUAAAGACAAAAAAAUAUUACUGGGAGUAACGAAGAAUUGAUUAAAUUGUGAUGUCGAAUUGCGAGGAUGGAUUGAAGAGGACAACAGCUGCACUAAGGUGUGCUGUGAAGUUAGCCGUGACAGGUGUGACUGUCCAGUAGCUAGCUGUGGAAAUAUUGAUUCCGGUUACUUUGUUGCUCGAGUAGUAAGUGCAUUUGAUUUAUUCAGGAGCGUGUCAAACGAUAUGCGAUUGUAACUUUCAUAUUCUUGAAAGAAACUAUUGAACAGCAGUAUACGAACAUUAGUUUAAUAACUCAGAUACGGUACAAAUAAUGCAAUUUCUUUAUACUACAGAUUCUCCAAGUUUGAGGGAUUUGAAACACGCAACUCGUAGACUAUUCAAGUGUAACCGAAGUUUCUUUGGCAACACUCGAGCAACAAAUAUGUUACCGAUCACGAUUCUUCCCUUGCAAUUCACAUCGAGUUGACCUCCAAACCGCCCGAUUUUUUUAUAGCACAAGGGUUGUAAAUAAUUGUAUUCGUAGAGAACCUUGUAAAUAGCGACGGCACAGCGUACUGCAUAGACCAGGAGUUGGCAACCUCCUUCCUGACAGGGGCCAUGACAGUGAGUUGUAUAGAUUAUGAUAGAAAUUCAUCUAUAGUUAAUAAAUGUAGAUAGCAAUAAUAAUAUUUAAUGAAUUAUCGAUGAUGUUUAAGACAAUGUGGUUACAAAAAUUAACAACUCUUUGAGACUGUAAGAAAAAUUCAGAAAUGUAAAUAAUCUGUUACUUUUCCUUAUCAUUUUGGCUUAAAUGCAAUACUGUCGAAGAUAAUAAUUAUCAUACAUUAAUUUGAAUUAAUUAUGUUUAUUUCAUUUGGGUAGCAUUUGUGUCAUGAAGUCAUUAAUCAUAUCAAUUAGUACAACGCUGAUGUUGAUAGAUUUCGUUAAAAUUUUUCAAUAUCAAAUACAGGCUGAAAGAAUAAUUUAAAUGAUCGUUAAUCAGCUGGGUUUCUAAAUUGUUCUUAUAUUUCAUUUUUUAAAGAAGCUGCUCACACAUAUAACUACUGUCGGAUACUAACGCAAAACGAUCACCUAUCAAAUUCUAUAUAAAUGGACGUGUGCACCUUGAUCUCAUAUUUUCUCUUUAUAUUCAAAUGCUCUGUGAAAAAUCAUGAAACUUGAGACUAUAGAAGAAUCUUAUAAAUCAAUCGAAAAAUAUCAACACGCAUCUAUAUUAAAUCCCGUGACGUAGAAUCACAUCAACAAAAGGAGUGGAUUAAAAUUCUGCAAAGAACCUUGUCAUCUUUCUAGAAAUAUUAAAUCAUACCAUUUUUAGAGACACACUCUACAAUCACGACCUUCACCCAUUCUUCUCUCUUCAAGCACUUCACUUCAUACCCGAGCCGUUUCCCAUCACCGUUUGAUCUUCAAUUCCCCGUUUGUAUCGCAGUAUCGCAUUCCCGUCAGAUUUGGCAUAACUUCGCGUCAAUUUGGCGACUGUGGUACAUAGGUUGCCGACCCCUGGCGUAGACUGUAUUCGGCUUAGGCCGUACUUGUAGAUAAUUUACAUUAACUCGAGGCUCCACCGAGGAACAGCAGCGUUACGACGACGUUCUAUCGAUCAGCCGUGCGAUUAUCGCAGCUGCAUCGCGGCCGCGAUACGUCGCGAUGAAGCAGCAAGCGAGCAGAGUGUCUUGUGUAUAUCGAGAUGGCAAUAAAA